AUGGCACCCUUAAAAUUGGGGUGGAAAUCGAAAGAGGUGUAUUUAAAUAAUCAAUUAAUUACACCUCAAUCAAGCAAGGACAACGAACUUGCUUAUAUUCACCAUUUAAUGACCAGUGUACCCAGCAAUUAUAAAGAUGAAGAAGAUAUCACGCUUAUGAUUCACGACACACCGCAGCAUUUUAACAGCGUAGUUGGUAUGCUGGAUGGUGCAAAUACUGUAAAUCACGGUAUGCGAAAAAGAUAUCAGGCACGUAAUCAGGAUACUGUGUUAACAUGCGUGGACGUAUCGAUUUAUUAGGCUAUAACAAGCGAUAUGUACCCACAUCAUUUGAUUUUAAAGUGGUUUUAACACGUUUGGAAAAAACGAAAAUGAUGAUGGGUGUAGAAGCUGAAUGUGCUUUACACGAGAUUCGUAUUACCGAUUUAAAAUUGUGUGCACCCAUGUUAAAACCAAGUGCACAAUUAAGUGCUGCGAUUAAUGAAUUGAUGAUACAAAAAAAUGAAGAAGUUCGAUUUUAUCGAACUGGUUAUCGUUACGUGGCAAAACCCAUACAGGUAAAUACUCGACAUAUACAACAUAAAGAUCUUUUCAAUGGUGCUCGACCUGGUCGGUUAAUUACAAAAGUUGUACCACAAACCGUAUACAAUGGUGCGCACACUUUAAACCCAAAUUUAAUCAGCUUUCCAACUUUUGAUUAUCUUGCUGUGUCCAUCAACAAGUCUAUAAUCCCACCGGUUUACCGCAAUUCACAGGAUGUGUAUAUGGCAUUACAGCAAAAUCUGGAUCGUCGUUACAGUGAAAUGCCAUUUUCGCAUGCUGAUUGUGUUACUAGCUAUGGUAUUAUCGUCAAUGAUUUAAUUGCAAAUAAAGAUGGUUUUGAUCAGGUGCUACCCAAUUCAACAAGUGGCAACUUUGGGAUAGAGCUUCAUUUUACAGCAAACACCACAGUAGCACAACAGCUUAUUUGUGUUGGCGAGUUUCGAAAUCAAUUAAGUAUCGGUUACGGAACCCAGGCACGUUUAAAAUACAAUUUUUAA